GUUGAAGAAAAGGUCACACCGAACUUGUAUGACUGGCCUAGAACUCUAUAGCGCUGUAUGUCACAGCUCGGACAUUCAAAGAAACACAUAUUUGACGAGUCUUUGCAUAAUCCUGUGCAAGGCCAAACGAUAUCCUAUGCCUGUCCCUUAUUAGGCGCGGAGAGGCACCUCUUCUCAUCGAUCCUCUUGUACGAUUAGACAACAGUGUUACCACCACUUUUCACAUCUAUACCUGAUAAACACCAGCAUAACCCCCGAGCUAACCCAACCCGUGCCCAUGUGGGCGCCCAAGCAUUCCCAGGCCACCAUGCCUUCUCAUGCCCCCGCCAGGCACCGCAGGGGCUCCGUAAUGACGGAGGACACCUUCCACGCUAUGGCUAGCGCCGAGCAGCCCCCAUCCGUUGCAGUCUCAGACGUCUAUCAGGCACUGAUCGAUGAAUCGGCAGGAUUAGCUCCUCUCAGGGAUGCUGAAGUAGCCGAGGUUUUUUGUUACAACCGCAAUGGCGCGGGAGGCCAUGAAUAUCUGAUGUUAAACAUACGGCUACCUUCGUCACACAGCCAAGUGGCUCGGAGCACCGUUGUAUGGGCGCGCGCUGAGAGGGUCCCGAGCACUCAAGAACGCAGUGUUCUUGGAGUCAUGUGGAGGGGGUCAGUGGCUUUGGACAACAUCAAGUUCUCGUAUCACGCCCCCACAAUUCGGGGGCGGGAGGACGUCCCCGUCGUGAUGUUUCACUGCAUCAACGUCAAGUUCAUCCAUGCUGCCCACUUGUUUAGCAUCAUCCACCAUCACUCUCAGGACUACUACACAGCCAGCUUUAACUGCUGGUGGUUUGCCACAGUUACCAUCGGCGGUCUACGUCAGUUGGACAAGAAUAAUGAUUCGAUCCAGUUCCCUAACAAGAGUUACAUUAAAGCUGCUGCAAAAAUCCUGGGCGACAAGACGAAGGAGGUGACGAAGAAAGUGACCCACGAGUUCCUCUUCGAAUGGAACGUUCGGAGCACUGCCGAUCUUGGCGAUGAAGCAACGUGGGAGCCUCGUCGUGAUCAUCCCCCAAGAAUGGAAUUUCUUCCACCGGGCGUUCAGCCCGCUCUGCCCCAAUCCACUUCCCCCCUGACCACUUCGCCUCAAUCCUUCCUUCCCCGAUCCGUUCUGACCCUACCCACGCCAAUUGCCCCUUACUAUGCCAGCGCGUCGCCUCAUCCUCAUCCGGGGUCCCCUCCGAUGGCCAACCAUCACGACCCACAAUCUUCUACAGCCAUCCACGAAGGGGGCACAGUUACAGGCUCUGCGAUUAUGGACUCGCCAGGCUCCAUCCGGAGCACCCUGCCUCUGCCGCCUGAGUCGGCAGAAACUCACUCCGAUCAUAGCUCUAUCCAUCCACCUCUUAUCACAGAAUCAACGUCUCCUACCACGGCACCAAGAAACCUUGAAACCGUCAACCUGGUGCAGCGCGUCGUGGUGACCCAUAGGAUCGAUGAUUACAAUAUAUUGAUUGUUGGACAUCAGUCCGCCAUUCCUUCGAGGGAGUUGUUCUGGAUCUUGAAGACAAUCUUCAGGGAUGUGGAUGGUGAUAAUCAAGCGCGCAUCAGGGAGGGGGUUCUGAAAUUUUUGCAUAUGUGGGUGUUGAGCGGACUCCUCGACGUUUCCGUCUAUUCGGAGGUCGAGCGUUUUGCGGAGAAACACUUAGCCAACGCCAACUCCUCGUUGUCUCGCCAUUGUCGAGAGAUUCAAGCUGCACUGCAAAGACCAAAACCUCCCACUGCAAGGCACCGAGCCGAAACAUUGAACGGAUCCGUCUUCACUACUGCUUCGUCCGCUUCAAGUGGCCAACGGAAAACCAAAAAGAGGACCAUCGUGGAAAUGAAGCCGAAAGAUCUUACCGAGUUAGCAAGAGCUCUGUUCGAAGUGGAAAAGGACAAUUGGGGAGAUCUUACCAUAGCCUCUGUUGUCGAGUCCCUGUCAGCAAGAUGGGACGAACAAAUGACGCUGGACUCUAAGCCAUUCUCUCCCUUGGCUGAAAAGGUAAUUUGGGGUUUUCCGAGAUUCUUAACCUUGACACCGUCCCGUACUCAGAUACAGGACUGGGUUAUUGAGGAAUGCCUGGAUAAACAACGUGAGGUUCGACAGCGGGCAUUCUAUGCAUUCUACCUCCUGGCAUGUCAGUGCAAGGAGAUGGGCAAUUAUGCAAGUUCUCAAGCCAUCGCCCGCGCUUUAUGCGGCAGAUACCUCACUAAAUUUGAGUACAUUCAAGGUGUUGCAGCGAAGAAAUUGGGAGACCGGAAACGUCCAGGAGAGGAACUGCAACGCUUGGCUGAGUCUUGGGAUGGGGUUCUGGCCAAGAUUCCUCCACUAGAUUAUCAAUUGCGGGCCCUCCUGCCAGCGUUCCGCGCGAUCCGAGGCGAUGGGGGUGCGAUCGACUGGAAAGCUUGCACAUGGUUUCACGACCAAUUGAACCAGGUGCUUCAACAACCCGUUCCUAAAACCCUUCAGGAUGCCAAGGCCCAGGAGUCUUUUCGUGAAUUCCUUCACAAAGGGAUGCUCAAUGCCCAGUGGAACCGUGAUAGCCACGAGGCUCGGAGUGCGGACCUUUCAUCAAGGGAGCCUCAGGAGAUACCACAGAUGCAAGUCAAAGGUGGAUGGUGAUAACCAAAGUUAUGAUAUCCCAUCAUCCUACUGCUGCAACUUGUUGUACAACACUUUCAACUCGGUCUGGCCUGCUCAGUCUAAAAGCUCGGAACAUAAUAUUCAGAUUCG